GAUUCGAGUCACAUAGUAGAUUGUAAACUAAAAUUAAUAUUAGGAUUAAUAUGGACGUUAAUUUUACACUAUUCAAUAUCCUUGCCAAUGUGGGAGGGAGAAGACGAUUUAAACAAUGGUGGUACGGAACCCACACCGAAACAAAGGCUAAUGAACUGGAUCCAAACGAAGGUUCCAGAUUUACCUAUAAAGAAUUUCACCUCGGACUGGAACGAUGGGAAAGCUGUUGGUGCUUUAGUUGAUGCAGUUGCACCUGGACUUUGUCCCGAUUGGCCUGAUUGGGAUUCAAGGGAUGGAGUGAAGAAUGCCUCAGAAGCCAUGAAUCUUGCAGACAACUGGCUAAAUGUACCCCAGUUGAUCAGACCAGAAGAAAUAGUGAAUCCAAAUAUAGAUGAGCAAUCGAUGAUGACAUAUUUAUCACAAUAUCCGAAUGCAAAAAUUAAACCAGGAGCUCCAUUGAGACCAAGGACUAAUGUUAAUAAAGUAAGAGUGUAUGGUCCAGGAAUUGAACCAACAGGCCCAGUGGUUGGAGCCCCAGCAGUAUUCACAGUAGAAACAUUCUCAGCUGGCAGAGGAGACAUAGAAGUCAUCGUCGAAGAUUCCAGGGGCCAAAGAGAGCACGCCGACAUCAAAUUUAACAACGACAAGAAUCUGACAUAUACAGUGGCCUACGUCCCACAGCACGAAGGUCCUCAUACUCUGAGUUUUACUACUUCUACUAAUUUGAAUUUUAAAUUGAACAAUGGAGGGCGACAGUUGUUCCUCAACGCCCUCUUAAAUUUACCUUGGAUCAAAAGUGACCCCUUAGCUCUCUUUAUCGCAUACCGGUGGGCGGUACCGCCUCCGUUAGGAACCACUGCUCUAGACCCUAGUUAUUGGGGUCUAAUAGAUGCGCUGUAG